AUGGAUGCUCACGAGUACUACAACGCGACUACCCUCCAUCAAGAAUUGGAUGGCAUGUGGUUGAAUGCCUCGUUCUUUCCGGAAGCUCAACAAACCCUCAGCUACGAUCCACUACUACCUGGGACUACGGCUCACCACACCACCAUCUACCCCCAUCUAUCCCUGUCAGCCGACAUUUAUGCCCCUACAAUACCCCAGCCUCCGCUCUUCUUCCAGUCGACGCAGAUAUGCCCUCCAGCCAGCAGCACGCAACCACCGUAUGAGGGGAAUUUGCCGGGCCAGGAGUAUAGAUCUCUCCCCGAAGCAAAAGUGCUGAUCCCCGAUUCGACCGGUUAUGGCGUGCCGACAUUGACAACUGGACAACCCUGUACCUCCCUCCAAUCCCCGAACUGCUUCGCGACGUUGGCCGGGGAGCAAGAAGCAGCCGGGUAUCCUCUGCUGCCCUUCAUCUCGGCCGAGAUGCCGACUCUCGGCGCGGCACUGUACGAUUCUUGCUCACCAACGUCUUCAUCGGCUUCUUCGGGGGCAUCGGUACAGAGUAGCCGAUCGGAAUGCUCGACAUCAUCUAUUGAGGUUAAGCCGGUGACAGCCAGGGUAACCCGGAAGCGGACGAUAGGCCGAAAUCAGCUGGGCCGAGCGUUCUCCCCGGGCAUCCCGUUGAACUUAUCAGAACGCCAGUUUAUCGUCCGACUAUACCAAGAGGGAUGGAGAAUUUGUGAUAUUUCGAGGAGGCUGGCAGUUACACACUCUUGUGUCUCCAAAAUAUUGCAAAGGUAUCGAAAAACGGGGAGCGUCAAACCAAAAGAUGCAAAAGAGGGCCGUCCCGAAGGCCCUUUGGUCACUGCAAUUCGUGAUUAUCAAAAAAGAUUAGGCAUCUACAGCCAAACGGAGAUCCGAGCCCAACUACUGAGGGAUGGUCUAUGCAGUCGAGAGACACUCCCCUCACGUUCCUCCAUUAAUCAUAUCCUGCGCACCAAAUUUGAUAUCCGGAAACGGCGUAGCGGCGUGCGGAUGGUUGUCGCCGAGGUG